AAGAAAGAAACAUCUGAAAGCCUUCAGAUUUUUUUUCCCUAAUUUUUAAUUAUUUUGCAAAUGGAUCACAGAGAGCUGACCAUUUCUGAAGCACUGAAAAUGCUAAGGAAUUGCAUUCAUAUAGUGAAGCCCCACAGCUCCCGGUACAUGUGCAAAAUAUGCAGUGUUGGGUUGCGCUUCUUCAAAGGUGGUGUCACUUGCUUCGAAAAGUAUCAUGGGGGGGAAGGAGGAAAUUGUAAAUAUGAAGUGUAAAUAUCAUAUAAGCCAAGUUACCUUUUUCUUUAUUUACAUACAUGCAUUCAUAUAUAAUGAAGUGCUUUUUGGAGAGGGGGAGAAGUAGAGUAGCAGGCCUUCCCAUGCUGCUCCCUGGCUAAUGCUGAAUCUGAUACGGUAAUCAGAGUCUAGUUUUUCUUUUAAUUGUUGGCAAAAUGUUUUACUCAAUUAUGUGCUUCCCAGCAGUGUUCGCUUCAGCACUCUUUUCAAAGCUUCAUUUAUUCAGUGACACCACUUUGGGCACACCCACAAAAUUAAACUGUUAAAUGGUAUCUUUACAAAAUUUCACCUGUGUACUCCUCUAGGCCUGAUUAGACACUGGCCACUUUUUGGGGGGAGGGUGUUGAAAUUCCAACUUUAAAAGGUAGUGUGCCAGGAAGGUUAUGUAUAACUGUAUUAAAAAUUUGUCUUGUCUGUAUAAAAUUUAAACUGUAAAUAAAAAAUGAUUUUGAUAUAUUUUAGGUGAUAUAUCUGGGAUUAUUCAAAAUUGUACAUUAUUAGUGAACUGAAAAUUUGUAUUGUUGAAAUGUUGCUCUUGGUAAUGUUAUUGUCAUAGGAAAUCAGUAUAAGAGAUUAUUUUGUCAUAAAUGUUUUGAUAAUUUUUAGCAUGGAAGGAGGUGAGCUCUUUCAACGAAUACAAGACAGAGCAGAAGGUGCAUUUACAGAAAGGGAAGCUGCAGAAAUUAUGAGAGAAAUUUGCAUUGCUGUUGCUCAUCUACAUCGUAUGAACAUUGCUCACAGAGAUCUGAAGCCAGAAAAUUUGUUGUAUUCAAAACCAGAUCCUACUGGAAUAUUAAAAUUAACAGAUUUUGGUUUUGCUAAAGAAACUACCAAUUUUAAUUCCCUCCAGACACCUUGUUACACUCCCUAUUAUGUCGCUCCAGAAGUCUUGGGACCUGAAAAAUAUGAUAAAUCGUGUGACAUGUGGUCUUUAGGCGUAAUAAUGUAUAUACUUGUUUGUGGCUUUCCACCAUUUUAUAGUAAUCAUGGACUUGCAAUAUCUCCGGGUAUGAAGAAAAGGAUACGAGCAGGCCAGUAUGAUUUUCCCAAUCCAGAAUGGGAAAAUGUUUCUAGUGAUGCUAAAGAAUUGAUCAAAGGCUUAUUGAGAACUGAUCCUGCAAAGCGAUUAACUAUAGAGGAAGUAAUGAGUAAUAAAUGGAUAGCUCGUUUUGCAGAAGUGCCACAGACACCUCUUCAUUCAAUUAGGGUACUUCGAGAAGAAGAAUAUGCUUGGCCAGAUGUCCAAGAGGAAAUGACAAGAUCUCUAGCUACCAUGAGGGUGGAUUAUGACACUGUUCACCUUAAGAACCUAGAUAAAACAAAUAAUUCUCUACUUAGCAAAAGGCGACAGCAUCCAAAAUAAAGAACUGACUUAAAUUUGUGCCAUACACUUAACUGAAUUUCAUUAUAGAAUUCUUAUAAUGCAUCUGUGCUUGGUAUUGUAGAGUGUAUCUGCUUAAGCAGUCUGUAUUUGCUGCUUCAAAUUUUGCACUUUUUUUUUUUUUUUUUUUUUUUUUUUUUGCGUGUAUGUUGAUUAGCUAAUGUAUUUUUUCUAACAAUUCUAUUACUGUUAUAGAUAGAGCAUAUAAAUUUUCAUGUUUUCUUUUUGAGUGUCCAAUUUAAUCAGACAUACUAUAUAAAAAAUUAUUGCAAAAAUUAUAAAUUUCUUUUUAUGGGAUUUUAAGAAUUAGCAAUAUUUUUAACAAAGCAUUUAUUCUUUAUAAUAUGUUCAAUUUUAUAUUAAUUUAUUUAUUUGUAUAUAUUCUUAAUUUAUGAUAAAUGUUUUCAUGGAAAUUAUAUUUUCAAAAUUAUUAAUAAUAAAAAAAUUUUAGAAUUUUUUUAAUAACUUAUAGCACUUGUUUUUAUCUUUUGCAUAAUGAUAUUUAUUGAAAGUGAGCUAAUUUAUCUUAAAAGUACGUUUAGAUACUAAGAAAUCUAGUGCCAUUUUGUUAUUUAUAUCAUAGACUUCAUGCAUGUAUGCAUAUGCUUUAUACACAUAUCCAUGCAUAUGUUAACAUCUGUAAAAAUGUAGGUACUUUUUUGUCAUGUAGCUGCCAUGCAUGGUGUGUAUCCAUAAUGGAAAAGUACCGUGGUGUGUUUGACACACACAUAAACAUAGGUCAAAAGGUAUGGCAGGUUCACGAUGGAAAAGUGCCUGAAAUAUUUAAGGAAAUUGUUAAGACAUUUUAUUUGAUCCACUGAUAUUUUUUUUAAUUAUCAGAUAUUUUUAUUUAAAUAACAGUUAUGUGCAAAUAACAGAAAAUUGUAUUUUCAAAUAUUUGAUAUAAUGCAUUUUUAACUAAAAUGAAUGUAUAUGGAUUAUUUUAUUUUUGGUUAAAGUAAUUCUUAAAAUUAUUUCAGAGUAGGUUUUGAUUGAUUUAAAAACUGUGUGGUCAAACUCUUUAAUAUGUCAUGGUUGGGAUUGAUUAAAUGUGGUGUAAGUGGAGUGACUUGAAAGCAGAGUAAAAAAGAUUUAAAAUGUAAUCUGUAUGCGGAAAAAUAUUUUAGUUACAUACUUCUGAUUUUUACCUUAUUUUAAAACGUCAGUUGAUUUGAAUUUUAUUGCUUGAACUGCUUUUUGAAGGUUUCUGAGUAUUGUACCUUACUCAUUUUUGUUUAAAGCUUUGAAUUAAUAAUGUUCUCAAUUCAAUGAAAUUCUAUGUGUACAUUUUCUUCUCUCUCUUUUUUUUGGGGGGUGAGGCUUGGAUUGAAGAUUUGAUCUAGAGUUACAAAAAGUUCUUUUGUGCUACACAUCUUUGCAAAAACAUAUUUUUUUGCAAGCUGUUUUUAUACUGUCUUGUCUUUGCAAGAAUAUAUUUUAAUGGAACUAAUGAAAACAGUGCCUGUUAUAAAAGAUACACGAAUGAUAUUUUUUUCAUAUACAUUAAUUACUUCUGCUUUCUAUGUUUAUGGCCAUCUUGGUAUGUUUUUCAUAAACAGGUUUUAAGAAUAUUUUUGAUGUUUAAUAGAAGGAACAAUCUACUGUCAAACUUCAACUUAGAUUACACUCAUGAAACUCUCAAGAAAAAGGGGGUGCACUUGUCUCCAUCUUCAAGGGUUUGGGAUCUAAGAACUGUCAGUUAAUGUAGUAGUGCUUAGUAUUGUUAGUCUUAAUGUUUUUAAUAAAGGUUAAGAAAAAAAUUUAAAAUAGUUUCUGUAUUAACCACCGCAGCCUGUAACAUAGCAUAUAACAAAAUUUAACACAACUCUUAUUGUGUACUCACCACCUUUUACUAAUUAAUAAUAUUUUACCUCCGUCCUGUAUUGUAUUUAUUUCAUCAAAAUUUGCCUUUUUGUUGUCUGACACUUUUUUGCGUGAGUCAGAAGGUCAAAAGAAUAUUUUUCUAGUUCAUUAUUUCACUGAAAUAUUUAGUAGAAGAACGAAAAUUUGCACAGAUUCUUGGGUAUCAACUAUGAAAUUUGCAGUGAAUAAGACUGCAAAAAUUUCAAAUUAUAAUUCAAAAGCAUGCAACAAAUAACAUCAUAGAGUAGGAAGCAUUAGUUUUGGAAGAUAUUUUCUGCUGAUUGUUGGUAAUAAAGAAGAGGGCAAUAACACUAAAUGAACAGACUGAGUUAAAAUGAACAGACUGAGAUUCUGCAUUAAGUAUUAAAAAUACAUAUAUUUAAUACAAAUAUAUUUAAAAUAGUUGGGGAUACACAAAUAGCUUAGCUGAUUGUUAGCAACAUUUGGACUUCACGGGUGAGAAGUUUCCUUGUCAGUUUUCAUGGAAGCUAUUUGACUUCCAUUAAGACCAAUAAUAAAAAUAAUUUUGUUGUUUCAGAAUAGUGAGUUUUUAAUAAAUGUAUGACUUUUCUAUGAGUAAUAAUGAAAAAAAAAAUUUAGAACAACAAAAUUGUGUAACCAAUUAGCAUGUAAAAACUCCAUAAUUUUUUUAAAGGGGCGGGAUUCAAGUUAGAAUAUCCUAAAAUGUAGUUGCUGUAAAACAAAUAUUUUAAAAAAUUGAGAGGGAGGAGAACCCAAAUUUUUACUAUACCUAUUUUUUCAGUCAUCUUGCUUCUUAAGUAAUUCAAAGUUAUAGGACUACGCUCAGAUAGUUUUCUUGUUUCACAGUUUUGAUGAUAAUUGUAACAGCUCUGCAAAUACUUGGACAACCUUCACCACUCUCCAAUUUGAAACUGUGUGUGUAGUUUUUUUUUUUACUAGACUCAUUUGUGUUUAUUCAUUUUUUCAGUAUUAAUUAUGUAAUUGUUGUAGACUGUGUAUUCAUUUAACUAAUAAACACAAGGAUUACAAACUGAAACAAGCUACUCCAUCUGAGGAAUCUGUGAUAGAUAGGCAAACAAAGAAAAUAAAAGGAUGCAAAGUAAUUCUUAGCUAUGGCAUGAAAUUUUAAACACUGUAAUGUUUGAAGGUCAUGUUUCAAAAAAACCAGGUUCGUUAGUGCCAUAACUGCCAAAAAUGGCAUAAUUUGUCAGAGAAUUGCUUUUUUGAACCUCGAUGUGUUAAAUGUGUGGAAAAACAAAGAAGUGUUGACUGCCCAAUUAAAGGUAGAACUGAGGAACUCAAGUGGGUGAACUGGCUUGGAAAUCACCAUUCAUCAUAUUGUGGUUGCAUAUAAGUUUCCUAAAUAUAAGCAACCUCAUAGUAGGAAAUAACAGUUAAAACCUGGACUCAGUUUUGCACAGGCACUUACUACUGGAAACAAGCCUAAUAGUGCAGUUAGAGAGGACAGAAAUCUGAAAAACGCCCCAGUUGCUGAAUUUCCUAAUAAUGCAUUUAAAUUUGAAAGUAAUGAUAGAUAUCAUAACCUAGAUAAUUCAAAUACCUUGAGCACCAACAGCUCUGAUACGCUUAAAUUUUUAAAGUGCAUGAAGGAAAUACAUAGCAUAUUUGGCCAGGGUAAUAUCACCAAAAUGAUAAAAACUUUUAAGAAACAUAUACCUAAAUUGAAAUCUCACACAGAUAGCAUAGAUAAACUUUAUAUGUACUUUGAGAUGCUCUCUGAAAUUAGCGAACAAUGUGAAUACCACCCACUGCAGAAUCCUUAUGUUAAAUAAUUAAUUUAUUUUAUUAAUUACUAGUUGCCUCAGCUUUCAAUUCUCACUUGUCAAAUUCUUAAGAAUAUUUAGUUUAAAUACUUCAAAGAUUUUUUUGUUAAACUUAAUAUUCUGAUCUAGAAUUUCUGCUUGAUUUCUAUGUUAAGUUAACCUCUGCCCCUAUUUCAGUUCUACCAAUCUCAAAAUUUGCAUGGCUCUGAAAAUCCUCCCCCCCCCUAAAUUGCCUGCCAAUAGUUUUACUGCACUGUGCCUUCUAUCUCUUCCAAUGGUUUUAGCUCCUCAAGUCAGCUGACCUCAUUUCUCUAAAAAAAUCAAUACAGAUACAAAAGAAAGGGAAAAUAGGGAAGAGAGUUUUUAAAGAAAUACAAUUUAAAAUAAAUUGAAUUGAAAAUGCAGAUAAAAAUUCGAUUUAAUUAUUAAUGCAUAAUUUAUUAAAUAAUUUACUUGCAGAUGUGCAUAAAACUUAAUAAAUAAAUAAAAGUAUUGCAUUAAUAGCCUCUAAAAUUAAUUACAAUACAUGAAGCUUUAAGCUUAAUAAUAUGUAGUAUAUCAUCACUAUAAUUAGGAUAUUCAAGAUACCAAAAAAGUAAGCCUGAAUUAUUCUUUCAAUAUUAUUUCAGUAUGAUCUAAAUCAGUAAUUCUCAACCUUCUCAAAGCUGCCAUGCCCUAAAGAGCAAAAAAAGUUCAAUGCCCCCCCCCCCCUUUGUGAAAAUCCUGCAAUUUAGGUAUGGAAAAAAAAGGGUUUCGCCUAAAAGGCAAAAAUUCUAAGUAAUUUUUUUCAUUAGACUUACGCACCAAAUUUUAUGAUUUAACGUGAUAGUUUUGCCUGGAAGGAAAUUUCAUUCCUUCUGUUAAAAGUGAAAGGACUAAUGCCAGAAAAAAUUGCUUAAGUGAUGUUUUAUGUUUAAAAAUUCUUUAUUCUUAAUUAUAUAAUUAAAAAAGGAAGAAAAAAACACUAAAAGAGUAAUAUCAAUGAAACAAUCAAGUAUGAUCAGUGAGAUGGGUGUGCUUAAUGGUUCAGAGCCAGUUUCUGAAUGUUUGGUUCAAUAUUUUUAUAGAGAUGAAAGUGCAAGUCCCUGCUUUUCACAAUUUGGAGUCGACUUCUCUUUUUUGUAUCAACUCUUUGCACACGGUAUGAGCUUUCCCUGAUUUAAAAA